CAUAGUCGUUCCGAAUCUGGCUGGACCCAUUGUAUUCUCUGCCAUCACCACAUCGUCACACAUCAAUCUCACUCACACUCGGCGUUUCCGACAUCCCAUUCGACUACGCAUGUCAUCGCCCCUGCGUCGCCUUUCGCAGCAGACUAGACACCUCGCAGCUCAAGCAGCUCCUCUUGUUUCAAGCUCUGCCACCAUGUCGGACUUCAAGGUGCGCCAGGUCGGUGCUCCCAACACACUCGAGUACCGCGUCUUCUUCGAGGAUGGCCAAAAGAAGCCCAUUUCCCCCUUCCACGACAUUCCCCUCUUCGCCAACGAGGCCAAGACGGUCCUAAACAUGGUUGUCGAGAUUCCUCGCUGGACCAACGGCAAGCUCGAGAUCUCCAAAGAGGAGACUUUGAACCCAAUCAAGCAAGAUGUCAAAAAGGGCAAGCUACGCUACGUUCGCAACUGCUUCCCUCACCACGGUUACAUUUGGAACUACGGAGCCUUUCCGCAGACUUGGGAGGACCCUUCUGCUACUCACCCCGACACCAAGGCCAAGGGUGACAAUGACCCUCUCGAUGUGUGCGAGAUCGGAGAGCAGGUAGCAUACACCGGUCAAAUCAAGCAGGUCAAGGUCCUGGGCGUGAUGGCCCUCCUCGAUGAGGGAGAGACCGACUGGAAGGUUCUCGUCGUCGACGUCAACGACCCUCUCGCCUCUAAGCUCAAUGACAUCGAGGACGUUGAGCGCCACCUCCCUGGUCUCAUUCGGGCUACCAACGAAUGGUUCCGCAUCUACAAGAUCCCUGACGGAAAGCCCGAGAACCAAUUCGCGUUCUCGGGAGAGGCCAAGAACAAGAAAUACGCUACCGAGGUCGUUCACGAGUGCAAUGAGGCCUGGAAGCGUCUUGUCGGUGGUCAAGCAGACCCUGCCGGUGUCAGCAUCGUUAACUCUACCCAACAAGGAACCAAGGGCUUCAACGACUCUAGCAUUGGCAACGUGCCAGCUGCCAACCCUCAGCCUUCUGGUCCCAUUGACCCCAGCAUUGACAAAUGGUUCUUCAUCUCUUCCUCUUCGAUCUGAGGACGGUUUGGACUCUAGAGAGUGUGUCUGGCGAGAUGUAAGCAUGCAAGUGCAAUGCGUGACAUGGAAUUUUCGCUCCAAAUGCUACAUAGGGCCGCCGUCUGUGAAACGAGAAAGACGAUGGGACCCCACAAUGUGCAAAGGAAUCCGUGCAGGGGGAGCAAAAAGACGUCUUUGUGCGUUUUCGUGAAGUGAUGCCGAUCGUGGACGUUUCGCUUUUUCACUUCUUUUUUUUGGCCACAGCCUUGUUCUGGCCUUGUUUGGCUUCUUCUGGGAAUGCCAAAGGAUUGCCUCCGGGCUUGACCUGAACUCCUACA